AUGGCCUUCGGUUUUCAACACUAUUUUCUUCCUAUUUUCCUUUCAACUUUAGCCCUAAUACCAUUUGAGGGAACUUGUGGCUCCCAUCGUAACCCUACUUCCAAAUCCCUUCACUUCACCUUGUUCCAACACGAAACCACAAAGAAAACAGGAUUUGUGAUAGUAAAUGGCGUGGAAGGAAGGGAAGGAAAGAGUGAAAGCUCAACCCCUUUUGGCACCCUUUUCGUGUUUCAGGACCCUUUGACUGCAGAAGCAAACAGAUCCUCCAAACAACUUGGAACUGCAGAAGGAACUUCCAUCACCUCUGGUCUUGAUGGACUCAGCAGCAUUUCUGUUGCAAAGCUAACUCUUCGGGUGAAGAAUCACAAGGGCUCUAUUUCCAUUGUUGGAGGCACAAACACCCUCGAGCGUUCGGAUUAUCCUGUUGUAGGAGGCACAGAAGAUUUCUUGCUUGUGCAUGGCUAUGUUACCUCUUCUCCACUUCAUGUCAAGGGUUCCACUGUUGUCUACAAGAUUGGCUUUCAUCUUUACUGGCCUCCAUAUCCACCUCAAGCCUCUUAA